UUCUAUUAAAAGGUUGAUAAAUCUUCUACACCUAAGCAGAUUAUUUCUAGUAAUAAUAAAACAUCCACCUACCCCUUCUUUUUGUGCAUUCCUAUUGCAUUCCUAUUGCUUCUUCCUCCUCCUUUCUCCACAGGCUCUCAACACUAUGGCAUUUAUUAAUUACUAGGGGUGAAGAAUGAGCUCCUGCCAGCUAGUUUCCCAGUAAUUCCUACUUCAAAAAGGAAUUAAGGUUGGAAACAACCUCUUUCUGGCCAGAAAGCUGGUGAGCCUUUCAUGACGGGAAAUGCUUCAUGAUGGAUAAAGCCAUUCAGGACCCCAGCAAGAUUCUGGCUAAUCAGACCAUCUCCAACAUCAGCUAUUCUCAGUUCUUGAAUUUUGAUACAUGCCAGCCCUCCUUCCUUGCAGAAUCCUUGCUUAUUACAGCCUACACAUUAGUUACAAUAGUGGGGCUUUUUGGAAAUCUUUGCCUGAUUGUUAUAAUAAAAAGAAGGAAAGAAGCUCAAAACGUCACCAAUAUUUUGAUUGCUAACCUCUCUUUAUCAGAUGUCUUGAUCUGUAUCAUGUGUAUUCCUGUCACAGUUGCAUAUACCUUAAUGGACUACUGGAUAUUUGGGGAAGCUAUGUGUAAAAUAAGUUCCUUCAUACAAAGUGUAUCUGUCACAGUCUCCAUUUUCUCACUUGUACUGAUUGCUAUUGAGAGAUAUCAGUUAAUUGUGAACCCCCGUGGCUGGAAGCCUAAUGUUUCACAUGCUUACUGGGGAAUUCUUUUCAUCUGGGGGUUUUCCCUUGUAAUAUCCAUUCCUUUUUUAGUAUUUCACCAAUUAACUGAUGAACCCUUCAAACACUUGUCUUUCCAUAGUGAUUUCUACAAGAACAAAGUUGCUUGUAUUGAAGCAUGGCCAUCAGUUACAGAAAGACUCAUUUUUACCACUAGUCUGCUGGUUUUCCAGUACUGCUUCCCCCUGGGGUUUAUAUUUAUCUGCUAUCUCAGGAUAUUUGUAUGUCUUCGAAGGAGACACGGGAAAAUAGACAGGAUGAGAGAGAAUGAGAACAGACUGAGUGAAAACAAAAGGAUUAACGUGAUGUUGAUAUCAAUUGUUGCGACUUUUGCAGCUUGCUGGUUGCCUCUCAAUGUGUUCAAUGUUGUUUUUGACUGGAACUACGAGGCACUAAUGAGCUGUAAUCAUAAUCUAGCAUUUACAAUAUGCCACCUCGUGGCCAUGAUCUCAACGUGUGUCAAUCCCAUCUUCUAUGGGUUCCUCAACAAGAACUUUCAGAAGGAUUUGGUCGGAUUAGCUCACCACUGCAGAUGCUCAGCAUCAGAAGAGGUAUAUGAAAAUAUUGCCCUUUCAAAUCUCCAAACUGACGCAUCAAAGGGAUCUCUGAAAUUAAAUAAUCCCCCUCUGGAGAUCUAAAAUAAUCCAAUAGGUUCCAAAGUCUUGCACUUUGGUGCAGAUGACCACUUUCUGUAGGUCUAGAUCAUGUCACCGCUGAGUUUAGAGGACGUUGUUGCCUUUUAGUUCAGCAAAAAGAGGAUUAUGCUCCCAUAGGCACACUCUUAUGAUGGUAUUAAUGCUAAUAAACCACCUCCAAGAGUGCUAAAGAUUAAUAAUAAUGAAUUAUAAAGAGUAUACACAUCUUACUUUUUUAAUCCACAAUUUCCAAGUCAUUGGCAUGCUACCUUAGCACCGCUAAAAAUAUUUCUAUUUCAGCCACUGAUGCCGUCGUCCUUCAUCAACACCCCAGGAAACCAGGAAUACUGAAGCAUUCCUAACUGCAUCAGCCUUUUCACUGUCUCCUGGCCUUUUAAUUUUACACCCCUCCACUGUUCCCUGCUCUGCUUGAUCUGUAUAACAGUUUAUAGCAGUUUACGGAGUAAGGAAGGCUUUUGGAGUUAUCCUAAGCCUCCACCAUCUUGCUUAGUCCUUACAGGAGAAGUAGGUUUAGUGUCAG